AUGUCGUCUGAGCCAGUGAUCGGAGACCAGGUCGUAGCCCCUAGUGCAGGAGCAGGGACGAUCGUCAAGGAGCUCGCCGCCGGCACUAUCGCAGGUUGGGCCCGUGAGUCUUGUGACUCUUGUCAGCCGUGCAACAGCAGCCAGUACAGCACCUCUCUUUGCUUCUCCGGGAUCAGUCGAUAGAGCUGAAAUGAAUGCUUCGCGGGUGAUCAGAGGUCAUGACGGGUCAACCUGUGUGUUUACGUCCCCAUCUCCCUCGCGUACUCGGCGCGAGCGAAUGCCGAUAGGCGGCUCACAGCCUUCUCGCUUCACUUUCCUAGUUCGACAUUGUCAAAGUGCGAUUGCAGUCCGGCACGCAGUACUCGGGUGCUUUGGAAUGUGCCACUCGGAUCCUCAAAGAUGAGGGUGCCCUCGCGUUCUACAAAGGUGAGGAACACAUUGGCGGACUCCCGAGUCGAAACCGAGCUGAAUUUGCACUCGGUCCCUUCUUCCCGUCGACCUAUGUCCACAGGCACAUCGAUGCCAUUGGUUGGUAUCGGUGCGUGUGUUUCACUUCAGUUCGCGUGUCUACAGGCCGGGAAACGAUUCUUUGCGUACGUUCUCACUGCAUGAGUCCGCGCCGAGCGGCGGACUGGCCCUUGCUGCCUGUUCGGCGGCCGCGUCAACUUUGCGCUCUGCUCUGACAAAUCGCGCAACUUUCCACAAAAGCUCACAAAACGUCGGCAAAGUCAACCUGAGCCUGUCGCUCGGACAACUGUACUUGGCCGGCGCGUUUGCAGGAGUCGGCAACUCGAUCGCUUCGACGCCGGUCGAACACAUCCGUAUCCGGUUGCAGACACAGACGACCGCGCUGUACUCGGGCCCCGUUGAUGCAAUCAGCAAGAUCUACCGAACUGACGGGUGAGUACAAAUCAGAAUACUGCGCGUGUACGCCGUUUGUAUUGAAGCGGGGCACUUGGGAUAGUAUCCGAGGGAUCUACAAGGGCCAGGGUAUCACUUUGCUGCGCGAGUUCCACGGAUACGGCGCCUACUUCCUCGGCUACGAGGCUUUCGUUGAGUACCAACUGCGGUCCAAGAACUUGACCCGCAAGGAGCUGCCGAUGGCGAGCGCCGCACUCGGGGGUGUGGCUGCGGGUUACGCGAUGUGGUUCACGUAGGUAUUCUUUUUUGAGAACUUUAGUGCCUUGAAGGCACACGAUCCUCUAAUGCGUGCGACACAUCCCUUCCCUGCAGGACCUACCCCAUCGAUGUCAUCAAGUCGCGCAUCCAGACAGAUGGCUUUGCCUCUCAAGCCGGGACAGCUGCGAAGAAGUACAACGGGUCAUGGGAUUGCGCGAAGCAGCUUUACAGGGAAGCGGGGCUCAAGGCAUUCACCAAGGGCUUGACACCGACAUUGAUUCGGUAAGUCCGCUCCAACAAUUCUGCCUUUUAUUUCCGAAGGGUCGAGCUAAACUCACCCGAAUGUCUCUGGCAGUUCCCCCGUCGUCAAUGGUCAGCCCCUGUUUCUCUGGUCGGAUCAUCGCUCGCGAGAGCACACACAUCUGACGCCGGCCGACCCUUGCACUUUUUUACAGGCGUCACUUUUUUGGUGUUCGAGCAAGUCAUGCAGGUUAUUGGAUAG